GUGUCAGUGAACUCAGCACAGACUGCGGGGACCUGAUGAUGAUCAUGAUGAAGCUGUCCCUCCUCGUCCUCUCUUGUGUCUUCAGUGUCUCUGCUGAAGGUUUUCAUAAGGACCUUGCUAUCAAUGGUUGUUCAGACACUGAUGGAGAGUUCAUGUACGCACUGGAUGGUGAAGAGGUGUGGUACGCUGACUUCAUCAACAGGAGAGGAGUUGAGCCUCAGCCCAGUUUUGUUGAUCACAUGAGCUAUGAGGAAGGAGCCUAUGAAUCUGCUGUGGCAAAUCAACAGAUCUGCAGAUCAAACCUGAAGAACAGUGAUAUCGGUAUGAAGGAUAUCGCUGAUGAAAAUGAUCCACCUUCUAGUCCAAUGAUCUACAGCAGAGACGCGGUGGAGGUCGGAGAGAAAAACACUCUGAUCUGUCAUGUGACUGGUUUCUACCCUGCUCCUGUCAAAGUCUACUGGACCAAAAACAACCAGAAUGUCACCACAGGAGUGAGUAUCAACAUUCCCUUUCCCAAUGACGACGGUUCCUUCAGACAAACCUCCAGACUGGAGUUCAUCCCACAACCAGGAGACAUCUACAGCUGUUCAGUGGAACAUCCAGCUCUGAGAGAACCACUGACCAGAACCUGGGAUGUGGAGGUGCAUCAGCCCAGUGUGGGUCCAGCAGUGUUUUGUGGUGUGGGUCUGACUCUCGGUCUUCUCGGUGUGGCGGCUGGAACCUUCUUCCUCAUCAAAGGAAAUGAGUGCAGAUGAUUGGCCGAGGCUGAUGAUGAUGAUGUCAUCGCUGUGUCUCUACACAUUGUCCAAUCAGCAUCAAUGUUGCUUUGUUGUGUCACUGACGUCUCUGUCAGUUCUGCUGCUUUAAAGACGACGUCACUGUUAAUAAACAAUAAAUCCAGA